CAUCCCCUAAAUGAUUCACUUGUCAUUCUCAUAUUUUCCACCUUCCAAAUUUUUUUAAUUAAAGUUUGGCAGUGGUUUCCCCUCUCAUUCUCUUCCACACAUACUCAUCACUACUUGUCAAUUUCGUUACACUCUAAAAUUCUUUUUACUUCCUGAAAUCUCUAUACUUUCCACUGCAUAACUCAUGAUAACACCUCAUGUGGUUCACAACACUUCAUCUUCCCUUGCCCUAAUCAAAACCCCAUUAAGUUUUAACUAAUCAUAAUCAUUAUUAAUAAAUAAUCAUGCAACUCAAUAAACCCUUCCUUUUCUCUCCACUACCCAAACCAAAAACAUGUCAUCAACCACUAUGAUCAACUCUCAAACACCAACACCAACCACAAGCACAAGUACACCACCCCAUCAAAACAACACCAACGACGACGACGACGACAACGACGAUGAUUUUCGAGACAUCCACGCUUUAACACCACCACAACCGUCGCCUCUCCCUGCGCCUCCUAGUCGACAACGCGUGUUUGAUGCUAGUAGUCGUCGAUCAUCCAACCUUUCGGUGGGAAGCGACAUCACCAACUCGAGUGAGAAUUUUACAACUAUGAGUCGGGAGUUCAACGCUCUUGUCGUAGCAGGUUCUUCUAUCACUCACACUGAUUACCAUAACGGUAAUCAAGUUGGUGGGAAUGGGUAUAACGGGAAUGGGAAUGAUUGGAACAAUAAUAACAAUAAUAAUAUAAACUUGGAUAGAAUUGGAGAGGAUGAAGGGGAUAUAGAGGAGACUAAUCCUUUGGCUAUAGUAGCUGAUAUUAAUCCUUUGCCUUCCCCUGGAGAGGAUGGGAAUGGGAAUGGGAAUGGAAAUGGAAACAAUUCGUCAUUGAGUUAUUUGAUGGGAUCAAAUAGUACUAUUAACAAUAAUAAUAGUUACAGUAAUAGUAAUAGUAAUAGUAAUAAUAAUAAUACUGGCGGUGGGGAGAUCGCCGUACAUAGAGUAAAAAAAGAAGAGGUGGAGACUAAGAUCGCGUCGUGGCAAACGGCUAAGAUUGCCAAGAUUAAUAAUCGGUUUAAGAGGGAAGAUGCGGUUAUAAGCGGGUGGGAGAAUGAACAGGUUCUCAAGGCAACUUCUUGGAUGAAGAAAGUUGAGAGAAAAUUGGAGGAGAAACGAGCAAAAGCAACGGAAAAGAUGCAAAAUGAUAUAGCAAAAGCACAUAGGAAAGCAGAGGAUAGGAGAGCAUCAGCAGAAGGUAAGAGAGGAGUCAAGGUAGCCAGAGUUCUUGAAGUUGCCAAUUUAAUGAGAGCUGUUGGAAGACCUCCUGCUAAACGCUCCUUCUUUUGAGCUCCUAUAAAUUUACAAAAUAAACACAUUUUAUUUUGCAUGGAGUAAUUUGAUAUAGUAUGACAAAUUGACAAUAUAUAUAUAGUACUACUAAGUAGUAAGUACUAUCAAAUAUUAUCAAAAUCAACUAAAUAUUAAAUGCUCCAUAGUUUAGUUAAGGGUUCCUCUGUCUUUUGGAUACGGAGUUUCCUCGUUUUCUAUGGUGGUGUAGGUAGUGUGGUGUGUAUUAAGAGAGAAAUCAAAUUAGUUAUGUUAUAAUCAUUAGUCACAUGUGUGGAGAUUUGAGUUUGGAUUCUAAAGGUUCAUUGAGUGAUUGAGUCAUUGUACAGUUUGUUGAUUGUGCGUUACAAAGAAAAUGAUGUAUGAAAUAUAUGAUGCAUAUUUUUGCAAAAUUGAGAUUUGA